UUUCGUGGAAUUGUUUCAUUUUCUGCUGUGCCGUUUGCGUGUGCAGGUGCGUUUUGCUGCCGGACAGUUGUUAGAAAGUGAAUUACAAUUCGCCGCCAGUUUCGUUCGCCUCAAAGGAGCGCAAGGAAGUUUGCAGUGAUUUUUUUUACUACGAAGCGCCAGAGAGCGUGUCUGCUUUCCUAAGUACCUGCGACACAGGUCGUGCAGAAUCGCCAAAUCAAGCAUCCUGCGGAGGGAGGCAGGCAGCAGAACCCCACGAACAGGAUAACGCACGCAUACAACAACCUCGUCUCGAGUGCGCAGUGUCUGGCACCGUGUCGCACAGUUCCGUUCGCCCCUGCCAAGGAUGUGGCUGCUACGAAUGAAUUUGCUUCUCAUUAUUACGCUGCUGAGCGUGGCGUUGACGCUGUCGAACGCACAGCAGGCGUCCACCGCCAGCCCGAGCAUCGUUUUUAUCAGCCCGGAGCAAAUCAAAGACAUUGGCGAGCAAGUGACGCUGAACUGUUCGAUCGCAAAUGUGAAGAACUACAUCGUCGGCUGGCAGAAGAGCAAUCGCGAUCGGACGAAGGAAAGCAACAUCAUCUCGCUCGGUGUACAGCUGGCCGUGACGGAAGAUCGGUUCCGGCUCAACUUUACCAAGGAGAACAAUGCAGCCAACUAUGUGCUGGAGAUUCACGAUAUCGUCAACACAGAUGCUGGGUUGUACGAGUGCCAGAUACAGGUAAACAGUACAAGCAAAAUCACCAAAACCGUCGAACUGCAGGUGAGACAUCCGCCGAUGCUGCUUGAAAAUCAGCACACCAACACACUGACCAAGGCGGAGGGUGAAGAUGCCCAGCUGGUGUGUCGUGCGGAAGGCUACCCGCGUCCAACCAUUAGCUGGAGGCGCGAGUAUAACGCUAUCCUGCCCAUCGGCGGCCAAACGUAUACCGGCAACGAGCUGCGACUGAACGGACUGCGUCGGGAGGACCGUGGCACGUACUAUUGCACGGCAGACAACGGGGUGGGCCGUGCGGACACGAAAACGAUCACGCUCGAGGUGGAGUUUGCGCCGGUUAUCCGUGUGCCACGGCCGAAGGUAGCGCAGGCGCUCGAUUACGACAUCGAUGUGGAAUGUGUGGUGCAGGCUUUUCCUGCUCCCGCCAUCUCCUGGUACCGCGAUGGCAAACAAAUCCAUAACGGCGGUUCGUACAGCAUCUCGCAGAUUGGCUCGCCGGACGAUGUAACCACGUCCGUGGUAAAGAUUCAUUCUGUGGCCGCAGAGCAUUACGGUGACUACGUGUGCAAGGCGACCAACAAGGUUGGGCAAGCCGAGGCUCGACUAAACCUGUUCGAACAAAACGUUCCAAACAUUAACUAUUCUGGACUGAAGUGGACCAACGAUGGCACCUCGACUAGGAAAGUCGUACUUGGCCAUAUGCUUAUCGUUGUGACCACACUGCUGCUAGCAACGCUCUUGUGAAUGGGUCGCUGGAGAACGGAUGGCCCACGAGGUAACGCUUGGCGUCAUGCGUGCUUUCUCGGCUCCAUAGCAACAACCAGACGAUGAGCCAACUUUUACAUGGGAAUUACUCACCACAUCAGUACUAUUAACACACCUGCGACAGUGAAAACGAACAACCGUGAAUGUUUCGUGCCAAUCAAGAACCACCACCAAUCUUCUACUUGCAGAUAGAAUACUGAUAGUACAAUCAGGAUACAAUCUACUAUUAAGUCUUUUAAAUCAUAUCCAUCCUUUCCUCGUACAAGCCUUCGAUUGAGGGUGUGCAAAACGCAAAGUGCAAAUAUAAAGUACAUUUCCGUGCUCCAGUCAGUAACAUGAAUGAGCCCGGCGAUCGCAUAUCUCGCCAUCAGGCGGUUGGGCUUUUUGAAGCAAUGGUACAAUUAUAUUCAUACAAAAGAAGAAAAAAAAAAUGCGACCAAACUAGUGCAUCGUAGGUAGUAUAACGGAAUAGAAUGGCGGUAUAUUUUGUGCGAGAACAGUCGUAUGAUGUAGGUAGGGAGCGGUUUCGGACUAGAAAAGAAUUUUAUCAUGUAUUUCUUCAAUUGAACUCGACGUAGUGUUUCUAACGGUAUUAGAGAAGCAAAACUUUUAAGAAAAAUAGACUACAGGAUAAUUUGACGGCAUGAAAUAAUAAUUGAAAAGCAAAAAAGUAUAGCCAUUCUUUUUCUGUUUACUGUUAGGCUAAGAAUUUAUGCAAUAGAAGAACCGAACGAAAAGCGCGCAUUUCGAAUAAACAUCAAAACUUUGCAUUAUAAUGCA